CUCUCUCUCAAUCUCUCUUUUAACAUAGGAGGACACAGAUUCUAUUCAGCAUUGGGAGGGAGGAGUUGUGUGUGUGAAUAUGUGGACCAGUCUACUGAGCCGAGGAAGUGCCUUCCAUAGCAGCUGUCUCCCGGCGUUGGUGCGGACCCCUCCUGUUAUGAUGCAGUCCACUCUGGAUAUGAAGUCCUUCAUGUCCUUCCCGGUGGACACCACAUCAGCAGUGGGACUCUUCCCCAACUUCAACACAAUGGACCCUGUGCAGAAGGCCGUAAUUAAUCACACAUUUGGAGUCUCCAUCGCGCCGAAGAGAAAGCAAGUUAUUUCCUGCAACAUCUGCCAACUGCGCUUUAACUCAGAUAGCCAAGCCGAUGCACACUACAAAGGCAGCAAACAUGCCAAGAAGCUCAAAGCGCAAGAGACGCCGAAAUAUAAGACCCUGAAAAACAACAGCACACCCAGCCAGGACAGAGGAAAGAGAUUCAUGUCCUCCACCACCUCCUCUUCCUCCUCCAGUAUCGCUGUCACUGCCUGCAGCUCUGAACAACCAGCUGCUGGCCUGGCAUUGGCGCCCUCAUCUAUCCUGUGUAAACCUCUGUGUGAGCCCACACCUGCCAGUCCGGCCCCAGAGAUGUCAAAGCCCACCCUCACUAAACCAACCCCAGUGCCUGCUGUGCCUGCUGCCCCCGCCCCGUGCAAGCACUCUGACGAAUCAGAGGAGGAGAAGGCCAAGAAGCUUCUCUACUGUUCGUUAUGCAAAGUGGCCGUCAACUCCCUCUCCCAGCUUGAGGCCCACAACACAGGUUCCAAGCACAAAACGAUGCUGGAGGCGAGGGAUGGAGCAGGGCCCAUCAAAGCCUAUCCCAGGCCAGGGGCUAAGCUCAAGGUCCAGGCCACCAUCACCAAAGGCUCAGGCCUGCAGAAUAAGAUGUUUCACUGCGAAAUCUGUGAUGUCCACGUCAACUCAGAGAUCCAGCUCAAACAGCACAUUUCCAGUCGGAGGCACAAAGACCGAGUGGCCGGGAAACCCUUGAAGCCCAAAUACAGUCCUUACAGCAGGCAGCAACACAGCACCACCACCACCACACUAGAAGCUAAACUGGCAUUCCAGAAGGACCUUCUGAAGCCCCUGUCUCAGGCUUUUCUCUCCAGCCCGUUCAUCCCCACCACAAUACCCUCCAUCUCCCUCCACCCGCGGCCCAACACCUCCAUCUUCCAGAAAGCCGCCCUCCCGCCCUCUUUCCUGCGAGCGGCUCCUGGCCCUAUCCGGCCAACAGGAGGGUCCAUCCUCUUCGCCCCAUACUGACCCCUCAUCCCGACCACCUGAGCACCGAGGGAGGUCCAGCUUCGUGUGUACAGUGUCCAUAUUAUGACAGCCUCAGAGACACAAGUAGUUGGUGUCAAACUGUUCCUCAGAGAGCUCUGAGAUGUGUAUGAGAGGUGUUACCAUGGCAAUGUUCACACUGGUGCAGUCAGGAUUACGGAGCUUGACCCGACAACAUGUUUCUCCUAAACCUGCUGAACCUUAACCGAGGGGAGCAUUGAACUGUCUACACCCUGAUUGACUUGAAUUUCUCGGCACAAUGUAAGGACAACACCAGUCAUGUGUACGGUGACCUAUUAGGACAGCCUCAGUGUCAGGACUUCUUUCAAUCUCACCUUACACAUGAUCGGUGUGAAUUUGUGGUAGUGCUGGACAGCAGAGGAAGUGCUGUGUUGUUUUAGACCGAUGAUGGAGGCUAGCUUGCCUCCAGUGUUUGUAUGGUGGAGAAAGCUAUGGGAUACAGUGUCAUGAUUGACCUCAAAUCAGGCUUUUUUCUAACUCUUGUGGGCUGAACAACUGACACCAGCUGCGAUUAACUCUUUCAAAACCACAAUAAACAUCCCUGCAAAAUCUGGGAUGUUUUCCUUCGGUCCUUUCAAAUUCAGUGUUAUUAUAAGAUAAACAACUGUUUGUUUUUCCAAAGACAAAAUGGAGAAUUGCACAUUAAUGCUGACCUGCCUGUUGUCUGGCAGGGACGUCAUGGACAUUUGAUUUCUAUGUGAUGUCAACGUUUUUGUCAGGGCACUGUAUUGUGACCCCUUAAUGCAAUAAUGUACAGAGUUUAAGAUACGUGUACAGUAUAUACAAAACUAUGUUAGGUAGUAUUGUAACAGAGUACUAGAAAUAGAGUUUAUGCACACAUUGUGGUUUGGAGAGUUUGGAAAAUACUGCUUUAAACUUUUUUUUAUCAAGAAACGAGAUAUGAAUGUUAUAGUUGUGCUCCUUUAAGUACGGAAUUGUGAGCUUAGGAUCAAAAUUGAAAAACUGCCAUCUCUGGAUGAUACAGUGAUGUCCUUUGCUAUGCAAGAAGUUGAUAACUAUUGUCACCACAUUUUAAGCAAUAUUGUGUACGGUUUUAACUGCGGCAACAACAGCAAGAUUUAACAUGUAUGGUGUUAAUAUUGCGACACCCUCAUUCGCAGCAGCACUUGUUUCAAUCUUAGCAGGACUUAGGCAGUCCUAAUAUAGACACCGUCAAACAGAGUUGAUUACAAUAGAAGGUGGCUAGAUGUUUAUCCAUAAGAAUUCUUUGAAGGUAUGCCUUCAGAAAGUAUUCACACCCAUUGACUAUUUCCACAUUUUGUUGUGUUAGAAAAUGGGCUUAAAUUGGAUUUAAUUGUCAUUUUUGAUAACGAUCUACACAAAAUGUAAUGUGAAAGUGGAUCUCUUUUUUGAACAUUUGUAAAAACUAUUCAUGAAAAAUAAAACACUAAUAUAUCUUGAUUAGAUACAGUUGAAGUUGGCAGUGUACAUACAUCUUAGCCAAAUACAUUUAAACUCUGUU